AUGUCAAAAUAUUUAGAAAGAAUUCAGAAAAUAUUGAAAAAUGCAGAUAGUAAAAAAAUCACAGAUAGAAAGAAAUGUGUUUUGGAACUCUUAGAACUAUAUGAAAAUGAAGAAGCAAUACUAGAGAUUUGUAAAAAUACAGGAAAUAGUACACAAGACAUUUUAAAUUGGUCAUAUAUAAUGCGCGUAGUCCAUAGAAUAUUAUUGAUUGAAACAGAUAGAUUUGCAUCUAAAGAUACUUAUAAUAAAGGAGCAGUCAAUGAACGACAGAAUACAUGUACACUUGUGCAAAAAACAUUUCAACAUGCAAAUUGUUAUAAAGCACCACUUUUAAAAUGUGAAGAUAUAAUGCCCUUAAUUCUACAAGUUUUAGGAACAAGCAUGUAUGAAUAUUAUCAUGAUACUUACAUAAAUGUGCUUAUUUCUUAUGUACUUCCAUUUAGAACGUAUCAAGUGCACAUACUACAUAAAGAGUGGGAAGAAUUGUUAAAGAUAUGUAUAAAUUUAUAUCAACAUACAUCUUCUUUUACAAGUAAAAGAGCUAUUUUGGAAGCUUUACAAAUGGUUAUAAAGUAUGGUUGUUUGCAUUCAAAUUUACUUUUAAAUAUAAAAGGAAUACUAUUAUUUUUAGAAAGGAUCUACAUUGAUGUAAAAGUAAAUCAAGAAAUAUUAACUGAAUCCAGUUAUAAACUUACAAAUAUAGUAUGCCAACAAAUAGUAAUGGAAUAUAGAAUUACACUUUGUCAUUUUAGUGAAAAUAUUUUACCAAAUAUAAUCAGCUUAAGAAGUUCUAUUGAGAAAUAUAAACUUCUAUUACUUUUUGUACAAAUUCAUCAUCCUAAAGGGGUAUAUAAACCCUAUGAUGGUGCUUAUGCUUGUGAUUGGGAAAAAUGGAAUACAAUACUUAAAAGUAUGUAUCUAAUGAUUUUAAAAGAUUUUAAAGGAGAUAUACUUGUGAAGAGUUUUCUCCAUCUUGCAACUGAAGUUUUUAGACAAAUAUUAGAAAAUCCAGAUUUGGCAAUUAAAAAACAGUCAUUUGAUAUAUGUGAUUAUAUACAAUCAGCAAAACGCAGACGAAUCUCUAUUGAAAUAAAUGGACCAGUUGAUAUGCUUAUUGAUAAUAAUCCAGAAGAAGCUUGGCCAAUGGUGCAAGUCUUCACAAUAUUAUUUAAAAAAUACCCUGAAUGUUUAAAAUCAGAAGAUUUUCCAACAUUUUUAAAAAUUUUAGUAAAUCUUUUUACAUUAUCUUGCAAGGAAGAAAAUAUCAUGGAUAAUUUAUAUGAACUAGCUGCAGUUUUACUAAUGAAUGAAAAAGUACUUUCUGUAGCAGAUACUGAAAAUUCAAACAUUUACUGGGACAAGAUAUGGGAUAUUUUAUUAAGAUCAUUGAAUAUAAAUCAAAAUGAAAUAUCAACUCAUAGACUCACACAGCUCUUUAUAAUACAUAAUAAAAUAACAAACCCAAAUGCACUUUUAAAACUAUACCUUACAAAUGUAAUGAAAUGGUCUAUUAUGAGUUUUCGUACAUUAAUAAUAAUUUGUGAAUAUUUGCCAUUACCUACUGAUAUUACCAUGUUUAAUAUAAAUGUAUAUUCACCAACAAUGAAUUCAAAUUCUGUCAGAUCAUGUCUCAUAAAAUGGACAUUAAAUAUUCCAUGGUAUAAAAUGGCAACACAGAUAAUAAUUGAUGAACUGUGCUUUUUACUUAUCAACAUUACAUUAAAAUCAAAACAUAAAGGGCAAAUAAAAUUCAAUGAAUAUAAUAUUAAUAACUUAUGUGACUGUUUAAGAAAUGAACAAGAUACUGAAUCAUUUUAUGAACAUAUUGAACAAUACUACUUAUUAUUAAAAUAUAAAAUAAAUUUAUUCUCUAAAAACAAGAAAGAAAAUUCUGAACAAAAAUUAAAAGUAAAUGAACCUGUACUAUACAUGCAGGAUAUCGUAACUUACUUAAUGGAAAGUUUAUUUAUUAUUAUCAAUGAAAAUGAAAGUGAUAAUCUUCAUAUAAUUAUAAUAAAGAUCGCAAUUAUAGCAAAAGUUAUAUCAGUGAUGAAACAAUUGAAUAUGAUACCUAAAGAUAUUGAAGAGCUGUCUUUGGUACAAGCAAUGAAAAAUUAUUUAGCUACUGCUUAUAGUUUAUUGGAAAAUAUAGAUCCAUUAAGAAACAAAUAUACCUACCUUUUUAAUGUAACAAAAGCACUUAAUAUAUUGUAUGAAACAUCAUAUGAUGCUGAUGUAGCAAAAAUAAUUGUUACAUCUGCAACUUUGGAUAUGUUAAAAAAUAUAUUUAGUUUAAUGAAUAUUGAAGACAGUGAAACUAUUGAUUAUAAAACAAAUAAUGAUUAUUAUGAUGAUUAUGAGUCUCUACAAAACAGACGUAAAUAUUUAGAUAGAGAAAUAAAACAAAAGAGGCAAUGUAACUUUUGCAACAAAGGUACAAUUAGAAUACAAGCAACAAAAGCUUUAGCACUAUUUUGUAGUAUAAAUGCAGAGCAGAGAAAGUGUGAAAUUCAAAUAAAGCUUAUGAACAAUUUACUUAAAAUUAAUAUGUAUGAUCUUUCACAUACCGUUGACUUCAUAAUGGCUAUAACAGUUUUAAAAUCUUUAUCAAAGUACGGUAAAGAAGAAUUAUGGAACAAUCAUAAUGAACUACCAUUGAAAAAUUUAUUAAAAGUAUAUCAUGAAUGUUAUAAAGACGAGAUUGUUAUUCGUUAUAUAUUAAAUGUUCUGCCAUAUUUUGUGAACUAUGCCAUAGAUUAUAAUUGCAAACUAAAUAAGUUAAUGGACAUUAUUGUCGAAUUUAAUAAGCUUCAAUCUGAAAAAAAAUAUGGAUUCAUUGUUCAUAAAGAAUUUAUUAAAUGCUUCUCAGAAAUUAUUCACCUUAAUCCUUCUCAUUUUUAUUAUACUACAUGUAAUACUUUGGCACAAAUGCCAAUAAUUAAAGGAAUUGUAUCAGCCCUUACCAGUUCUUCAUUUAUUGUACAAGUACAAGUAAUUAAGUGCAUACAAAAAGUAUAUUCUUCAAAGAAUAUUCCAUUCAAAUGGAAAGAAUUUUUAUUUACACAAAUAGAAGAAUCAGUAAAUAAAUUAAUUAUUAACAAUGAAACAGAUGAUAAAGUGAAAAUAGACAAAAUGGAAACUACAACAGCAAGUACUUUAAUAAUGCUUACUAUUAUAAUGUCUACCAAUGGAACAUUUCAAUGUCGUGCUUUAUUGACAAUGUUACGCUUUAGUGUUGACAAAAAAAUACAUAGUCAAAUAAUAUUAAAAGCAAUAAAUGUUAUAGCAAAUCGACUCAAUUAUUCAAACAUCAUUGAAAACAAUUUAAGUUACUUAAUGACAUACUGGUUCAAUUCAGAAUAUUCAUCACAAUUAUUUCCUUGGAACUUAAUACAAUGUCAAUCAGAAGAACAAUUUUAUAAUGUAUAUAGUAAUACAUUAGCAUUUAUUAAAUUUCAAAAUUUAGAUCUAUCUAGUAUUAUUUCUUUUUGUAAUAAUAUUAACUUGUCGUUUGAAAAAAUCAUUGAGAAUAUUUUUCCACAAAUUUUAAUAUGGUUAUUAUACUGUAUUAAUGGAAACAAUGAAAAUAUUUCAAAAAAAUUAGCAUGUAAAAUAUUUCAAAAAUUGAUAUCAAAUCAAAAUGAAUUUGUCAAAAUAAGAAAGUUUUCUAAUUUAUUUGAAGAUAAAUUUGAGGAAAUAUUAAUAUUUCUCAUAGAAAGAUUGCAUGAUGAAGAGUAUGUUGAAGAAAUAUUAGGAGAAAGAGUAUCAUUUGCAGUAUCAGAUCCCCCACAUUUCAAAAAAGAAGCUAUUAUAAUUUGCUUGAAGUACAUGGAAGAAAAUCUUUUUACACAAAAAAUGUCUAUACAAUACAUUUUAGCUUGUAGUUAUCCAAAUGUAUUGCAAAAAAUAUUAUUACAUUUGAUUAAUAAUAUCUACAAAAGAGAAUUUGAGGAAGAUAAGAUAAAAGCUUUUCAUCAAUAUAUAUUCUUUUGCACAUUAAUUACUGAAAAGCUAAAAGAAAACUAUUUCAAUACAUUAUCCAUGUAUGUCAUAAAAGAUAUUGGUUACAGUUUACUUCAUAUAAUUAAAAUACAUGACAAUAUUCUUCGCAAAUUAGCAUGUGAAUAUUUUUAUAAAUUUAUAAAACAUGUUUCAAAUGUAAGAAGUGAACAAAUAGAAGAAAUUUUGAACAUGACUGUUAUAACUUUAGUUCCCAUAGUACAAAUGGAAAAAAUACCUGUAACUUUAAAAAUACUUCAAUUUUUAAUAAUUGAUAAAAAAGAAAUAUUAUCUGAUGCAAUAGAGAAGUUAAAUUUAUUUCCAAAUGUUCCAAUUUUUUUAGAAAUGCGAAAUAUACAUAAUGAUUUAAAAUAUAAAGUGAAAAAAAUCUAUAGUUUGGAAGAAGAAAUGCAACAUUUUUUGGGUACAGUGACUGAUAGUGAUACAUAUUAUAGUGUAGAUGAUAUUGUUAAUUUACAAAUUCACUUAUCCACAAGGAAAAAAGAAUUACAAGAAUUGUAUAAUAAACUUGAAACAUUAUGUAAUUCUUCUGAAGAUUGUAUAUCAAGCAUAUUACAUCAUUUAAUAUACAAACUUAUAAAAUUAACAGCAUCCUCUGAUAUAAAUGUUUCAAUUGAGGCUGUAAAAUGUUUAGGUGAAUUAGGACCAACUGAUUUGACAUCAAUGAUAUAUUUUGAAAAAGGUCAUAUUAAAGAAUCUUCUGAUUUAAUAGAGAUAUUAUCAUAUAAAAUAGUAAUAACAAUGGUUCAAUUUUUAUUUCAAAGUGAUAUUGAAGUUCGGAAAAUUAGUGCUAAUGUACUUUAUGUUGUAUUUUCAUCUUCUUGGGGACAGAAACUGUUGGACACAAAAUAUAUGGAAUAUUUAAAAACUGUUUUAAACGAAUCACAAACAACAUUGCCCCUAAGUUAUAUUCAGCCAUUCAUAAGUAAUAAUACUUCAAAAAUAAAUGCUAUUGGUAUAAAUUAUAUAAAAAUUAAUAAUAUUAUAAAUCCAACUAAUACUAUUUGGACAAUCCAAUCUAAUGAUUCAUAUAGAAAUUGGAUUAUAACAUUAACAUGUAAUGCUGUGGAGUGUUUUACAGAAUUUUAUGCUGAAAAUUUAAUUCCUAUUUGUGCUUUAAGUACUGAUUUUUGUGAAAUAAUUUUACCAAGAAUUAUUUUUUUGACGAUUCAUAGAGACAAAGAAUUAACACCUACUAUAUGUCUAUGUAUUAAUAAAUUCUUUGAAUAUCAUUUUAAUUUUGCAAUAGAAGCAAGUAUUCCAUCUUGUACGGUACAAAAAUUUACAAACUGUGAUCUUUGUACUGUUCGUUGUAUGUUAAAUGUUGUGAACUAUAUUAGAAUGCAAGUUCCAAACAAUGUUUUAAAGUUGAAUUAUAUAUAUAUUGCAAAAGCUGCUAAAUAUUGUUCAGCAUUUUUUACUGCAAUAUUGUAUGCAGAAAUGUCUUGUGAAACGAUCUUAAAUGAUUACAAUAAAUUUACCAGUGCUUCAAAAAUUGAUCAUGUAUAUGAAUUAUCACCAGAACAAGGAAGAGUGAUACAAAAUAUACUUAGAGAUUCUUAUACAAAAAUAGGUAAUGUUGAUGGCAUUAGUGGUACUGGUUCCUCUCAUUUACAAGAUCAAUCUACUCGUAUUCAUCAUUAUAUUCAUACAAAUAAGUGGGAUGAAGUAAUGCUUGCACAGGAUGUUGAACUUUCUUUUGGAAAUAUGAUGGUAAUUAAAGAAAUGGCAAAUGGCUUAUAUCAAUCUGGUCUUCAAUAUUUACUUAGUAAUUUUAUAUCUACUAUGUCAAAGAAUGGUGCACAAAUAGAUGAAGACAUUCAGUAUGAAUGUGCUUGGCGACUUGGCAAUUGGAAUAUUUACGAGACAAACCAAACUUUACACACACAAUAUAAUUGUAAUUUAAAAUCAGAAAUAACUGAACAUGAUUAUCAUUUUUAUCAUUAUCAAGCAUUAAAAUAUUUUCAUGAAAAUAAUAAGAUAGCUACACAAGAUGCAAUUCAAAAUGCUCGUAUAAGUAUUAUUAAAGCACUUAAAAAUAUUAGCUUAGAAAGUAGUAAACCUAUAUAUGAAAAAUUAAUGCAAUUACAACUGAUUAAUGAGAUUGAAGAGUUAAACUUAGCUAAUCAAGAUGACUAUGAGAAGAUCUUAUAUAAAUGGCAACAGCAAGAUAUUGCAAAUUUUAAUAAAUUUCAAUAUAUUGAACCUGUUUUAACCCAAAGAACUGUUAUGUUUCAAAUAAAUGAGACUUUAAUUAAUAAUGCAAAUAUUAAGAAUGCGCUUUUAAAUACAUAUUUACAAAUAUCAAAAAUAGCAGCAGAUGAAGAGAACUUGCAUAUUGCUAUACGUUCACUAGCUGUCUUAGCAAAACAAAAGGAUAUACCACCAAAAAUUCAAGAUCAAUUACUUUAUCAAGAAUCUUUGUUAGCACGACUUAGAAAAGAUUUGAAUGUUGGACGAUUUCUUUUACGUAACUUAAUGAACAAGGAAAGCUUAGAUGCAAACUUACGAGCACGAAUAUUAAGAGUUUAUGGAGAUUGGAUGGUUGAAACAAAAUCAGAAAAUCCACAAACUGUGAUAGAAAAGUAUUAUUUAAAAUCUAUAGAUAUAAAUACAUCAAUUAGUAUACAGAGUCCUAACACUAUUAAAGAUUUACAUGAUACACAACUAGCUUUAGCUCGCUUUGCUGAUAAUCAGUUUGAGCAAAUAAAUUCGUAUAUAAAAUCGCCACAAUUUGAAAAUUUAAAAGAAUGUGUUACAUACUCUUAUAAAGGAAUUAAUGUACAUUCAAUUACUGAAGAUAAAGAUAUUAGAAAUGCAAUGAUUUUAAAUCAAAGACAAAAUACAAAUGAUGUUGCAGAACUAGAACAUAUACAAAAAGAAAAAGACAAUUAUUUAAUUUUAGCAUUAAAAUAUUACUUAAUAAUAUUACAACAAAGUGAAAAUUACAAUUUAUUAGUAUUUAGAAUAAUAGCACUUUGGUUGGACAAUAUACAUAAAAAAAAAGUUAACGAUGUACUACAAGAAAAUCUGAACAAAAUACCAUCUUUUAAGUUUAUUCCACUUGUACCACAAUUGGCAGCACAUAUGAAUAAUGAUCUUAAUGAAUUUUCUGAAAAAAUAUAUAAUAUUAUGCAACGCUGUGCUCUAGAACAUCCACAUCAUACAUUACCAGCAUUAUUAGCAUUAAAAAAUUUACAUGGUGAUUAUGAUUACAAUACAGUCAGAAAAAGUAAAACUUUAGAACCAAGAGUUCUUGGAGCUCAAAAGUUACUAAAAGAAUUGGUAAAAUCAAAUGUAACUUUAAUUGUACAAGAAAUGGAAAAGUUAUCACAUGCUUUAGUUAUGUUGGCUAAUUUAACAACUGCAUCAAAUAAAUCGGGUUGCAUAAUUAAAAUGCCAAAAAAUCAAAAGGUUUUAGGCAUUAAAAAUUUUGAAAACAUAUUUGUAUCAACACUGACAAUUAAUGUAAGACCAAACAGAAACUACAAUAAUAUUAUUGGUAUUACUAAAUAUAUAGAAACAUAUGAAUCUGUUGGAGGUGUAAAUGCACCAAAAAAACUAACUUGCAUUGGUACAGAUGGUAUAUGUAGACAUCAACUAAUAAAGGGAAGAGAUGAUUUACGACAAGAUGCUGUAAUGCAACAAGUUUUUAACGUAAUGAAUAUAUUAUUAAAAUCUUACAAAGAAACUAAAUGUAGGAAAUUAACAAUUAGAACUUACAAGGUAUGCUACAUUUUAUUUUAUUUUUCUGUUGUACCAUUAACUCAAAGAUCAGGAAUACUUGAAUGGUGUGAUAAUACAAUGCCUAUUAUCACUGUUUUGAUCGGAUCAAAUAGUAUUCCUGGACUUCAUACAAAAUACUAUCCAAGAGAUUAUACUGCAAAAUGUUGUAAAGAAAAAUUAGAAGCAGUAAAGAAAUCAUCAACUGAUGUGAAAUUAAAAGUAUUUAUGAAUUGUUGUGCACAUAUGCAUCCAGUGCUGCAUCACUUUUUUACUGAAAAAUACCCAUCACCUAAAACGUGGUAUGAACGUAGACUGGCAUAUACACGCAGUAUAGCAACAACAUCUAUGGCAGGAUAUAUUUUGGGAUUAGGAGAUAGACACUUAAGUAAUAUCUUACUUGAUCAAACAACUGCUGAAGUAAUUCAUAUUGAUUUUGGUAUAGCAUUUGAACAGGGGAAGGUAUUACCGGUUCCUGAAACCAUUCCAUUUCGACUUACACAAAAUAUUGAAGUGGGAAUGGGUGUAUCUGGUGUAGAAGGUACAAUGAGACAUUGUUGUGAAAAAACAUUAACCAUACUUCGUGAUCAGAGACAAAUAAUUAUAACACUACUUCAAGUUCUUUUAUAUGAUCCAUUGUUUAAAUGGACUAUAACACCUGCUAAAGCACAUGACAUACAAAGUGGAACUUCAACAAGAUCAGUUGAAAAUAAUCAGAGCUCUACAACAACUAAUAAAGCAGCAGAAAAAGCUCUUCUCAGAAUAGAACAAAAACUACAGGGCACUGAAGAAGGAUUAGCCUCAAGUAUAUCUGGUCAAGUCGAAGGACUUAUACAACAAGCCCGUGAUCCUAUAAAUCUUUGUCGUUUAUAUCAUGGUUGGCAACCUUAUCUAUAA